AUGGUCCAAAAACCUUUAGGUACUAAAACAGCAACGACCACUGGAACUACUACAGGAACUACCAUUGGUACUACUACAGGAACUAACACUGACACUACAACAGAUACUACAAGUGGAACUACCACUGGUACCACCAUAGGAACUACCACUGGAACAACAACUGGAACUACCACUGGAACUACUUCAGGUACUAUCACUGGUACUACUACAGGAACUACCACUGACACCACAACAGGUUCUACAACUGGAACUACCACUGGUACCACCACAGGAACUAAUACUGGAACAACAACUAGAACUACCCCUGGAAAUACAACAGGAACUACCACCGAUACUACUACAGGUACUACAACUGGAACUACCACUGGGACAACAACUGUAACUACCACUGGUACUACUACAGGAACUACCACUGACACCACAACAGGUACUACAACUGGAACUACCACUGGUACCGCCACUGGAACUACCACUGCAGCAACAAGUGUAACUACUACAGGUACUACCACAAGAACUACCACUGACACCACAACAGGUACUACAACUGGAACUACCACUGGUACCACCACUGGAAUUACCACUGGAACAACAAGUGGAACUACUACAGGUACUACCACAGGAACUACCACUGACACCACAACAGGCACCACCACUGGAACAACAAGUGGAACUACUACAGGUAGUACCACAAGAACUACCACUGACACCACAACAGGUACCACCACUGGAACAACAACUGUAACUACCACUGGUACUACUACAGGAACUACCACUGACACCACAGCAGGUACUACAACUGGAACUACCACUGGAACAACAACUGUAACUACCACUGGUACUACUACAGGAACUACCACUGACACCACAACAGGUACUACAACUGGAACUACCACUGGUACCGCCACUGGAACUACCAAUGCAGCAACAAGUGUAACUACUACAGGUACUACCACAAGAACUACCACUGACACCAUAACAGGUACUACAACUGGAACUACCACUGGUACCACCACAGGAACUACCACUGGAACAACAACUGGAACCACUACAGGUACUACAACUGGAACUACCACUGGAACAACAACUGAAACUACUACAGGUACUACAACUGGAACUACCACAGGUACCACCACAGGAACUACCACUGGAACAACAAGUGGAACUACUACAGGUACUACAGGUACUACAACUGACACUACCACUGGUACCAUCACUGGAAUUACCACUGGAACAACAAGUGGAACUACUAUAGGUACUACCACAGAAACUACCACUGACACCACAACAGGUACCACCACUGGAACUACCACCAGAACAACAAGUGGAACUACUACAGGCACUACCACAGGAACUACCACUGACAUCACAACAGGUACUUCAACUGGAACUACCACUGGAACAACAAGUGGAACUACUACAGGUACUACCACAGGAACUACCACUAACACCACAACAGGUACUACAACUGGAACUACCACUGGAACAACAAGUGGAAGUACUUCAGCUACUACCACAGAAACUACCACUGACACCACAACAGGUACUACAAUUGGAACUACCACUGGAACAACAAGUGGAACUAUUACAGGUACUACCACAGGAACUACCACUGACACCAUAACAGGUACCACCACUGGAACUACCACUGGAACAACAAGUGGAACUACUACAGGUACUACCACAGGCACUACCACUGACACCACAACACCUACUACAACCUUAACUAUCACUGGAACAACAAGUGGAACUGCUACAGGUACUACCAUAGGAACUACCACUGACACCACAACAGGUACCACCAUUGGAACUACCACUGGAACAGCAAGUGGAACUACUACAGGUACUACUACAGGAACUAGUACACAUACUACCACGGAUACUACCACUGCAACUACCACUGCAACAACCACUGGAACUACUACAGGUACUACCACUGGUACCACCACAGGAACUACUACAGGAACAACCACUACAACUACCACAGAUACGACCACUGCAACUACCACUGGAACAACAAGUGGAACUAUUACAGGUACUACCACAGUAACUAUCACUGACACCACAACAGGUACCACCACUGGAACUACCACUGGAACAAUAAGUGAAACUACUACAGGUACUACAACGGGAACUACCACUGGUACCACCACUGGCACUACCACUGGAACAACAAGUGGAACUACUACAGGUACUACUACAGGAACAACCACUGCAACUACUACAGGAACUACUACAGGAACAACCACGGGAACUACCACGAAUACUACCACAGAAACUACCACAGAUACUGCAACAGCAACUACCACUGGAACUACUACAGGAACUACCACUGACACCACAACAGGUACUACAACUGGAACUACCACGGGAACCACCACAGAAACUACCACUGGAACUACUACAGGUACUACCACUGGUACUGCUACAGGAACUACCACUGGUAAUACUACAGGAACUACCGCUGAAACCACAACAGGUACUACAACUGGAACUACCACUGGUACCUCCACAGGAACUUCCAGUGGUACCACCACAGGAACUACCACUACAGGUAUUAACACUGGUACAGGUACUACCACUGGUACUACUACAGGAACAACCACUGGUAAUAAUACAGGAACUACCGCUGAAACCACAACAGGUACUACAACUGGAACUACCACUGGUACCACCACAGGAAGUACCACUGGAACAAUUGAAACUACCACUGGAACAACAACUGGAACUACCAAUGGAACAACAACUGACACCACAACAGGUACCACCACUGGUAUUGCCACUGGAACAACAAGUGGAACUACUACAGGUACUACCACUGGAACUACCACUGACACCACAACAGGUACCACCACUGGAUCUACCACUGGAAUAACAAGUGGAACUACUACAAGCAAUACCACAAGAACUACCACUGAUACCACAACAGGUACUACAAAUGGAACUACCACUGGGACAACAAGUGGAACUACUACAGGUACUACCACAGGAACUACCACUGACACCACACCAGGUACCACUACUGGUAUUACCACUGGAACAACAAGUGGAACUACUGCAGGUACUACCACUGGAACUACCACUGACACCACAACAGGUACCACCACUGGAUCUACCACUGGAACAACUAGUGGAACUACUAAAGGUACUACCACAGGAACUACCACUGACACCACAACAAGUACUACAACUGGAACUACCACUGGUACCACCACAGGAACUACCACUGGAACAACAAGUGGAACUACUACAGGUACUACCACUGGAACUUCCACCGAUACCAUAACAAGAACUACAACUGGAACUACCACUGGUACCACCCCUGGAACUACCACUGGAACAAGUGGAACUACUACAGGUACUACAACUGGAACUACCACUGGUACCACCACUGGAACUACCACUGGAACAACAAGUGGAACUACUACAGGUACCACAACUGGAACUACCACUGGUACCACCCCUGGAAUUACCACUGGAACAACAAGUGGAACUACUACAGGUACUAACACAGGAACUACCACUGAUACCACAACAGUUACCACCACUGGAACUACCAAUGAAACAACAAGUGGAACUACUACAGGUACUACCACAGGAACUACCACUGACACCACAACAGGUACCACCACUGGAUCUACCACUGGAACAUCAAGUGGAACUACUACAGGUACUACCACAGGCACUACCACUGACACCACAACAGGUACUACAAAUGGAACUACCACUGUUACCACCACUGGAACUACCACUGGAACAACAAGUGGAACUACUACAGGUACUACCACAGGAACUACCACUGACAACACAACAGGUACUACAACUGGAACUACCACUGCAACUACUACAGGUACUACUACAGGAACUAGUACAGAUACUACCACUGCAACUACCACUGCAACAUCCACUGGAACUACUACAGGUACUACCACUGGUACCACCACCGGAACUACUACAGGAACAACCACUGCAACUACCACGGAUACUACCACAGCAACUACCACAGAUACUACAACAGCAACUACCACUGGAACUACCAUUGGUACCACCACAGGAACUACCAGUGAAACAACAACUGGAACUACUACUGAUACCACCAUUGGAACUACCACAGGAAUAACAACUGGAACUACCACUGGAACUACUACAGGUACUACCACCGGUACUACCACUGAAACUACCACUGAUACCACAACAGGUACUACAACUAGAACUACCACUGAUACCACCACAGGAACUACCACUGGAACUACGACAGGUACUACCACCGAUACUACCACUGGAACUACUACUGACACCUCAACAGGUACAACUGAAACUACCACUGGUACCACCACAGGAACUACCACUGGAACUACUACAGGAACUACUACAGGAACUACCACUGACACCACAACAGAUACUACAACUGGAACUACCACUAGUACCACCACAGGUACUACCACUGGAACUACCACUGACACCACAACAGGUACUACAACUGGAACUACCACUGGUACCACCACUGGAACUACCACUGGUACCACCACAGGAACUACCACUGGAACUACUACAGGUACUACCACAGGUACUACCACUGGUACUACCACUGGAACUACCACUGGUACCACCACAGGAACUACCACUGGAACUACUACAGGAACUACCGCCGACACCACAACAGGUACUACCACUGGUACCACAACAGGUACUAUAACUGGAACUACCACUAGAACUACCACUGCAACUACCAUGGAUACUACCACAGCAACUACCACAGGUAACCCAAGCCAGGGUUAG